AUGGUCUCCAACUCCAACGAUGAAAAUAAUCGUGGGAGAUUUAUUAAAGAUGCAGACCUCAGUUUGGAAGAUGGUGCAUUUAAAUGUUUUCUUGAAGAUUGUAUGCAAUCAACUGAUUACAGUGACCAGGAAAUCAAAUACAUCGUUUACGACUGUUCCGACGCUUGGGAAGGGGAUUGCGGAGGCUGGUCAGAUAGAAUUGCUGGUAUUCUGACCACCUUUAUUAUAUCCAUACUAGCAAAACGACGUUUUCUUAUCAACUUUGACAAACCUUGCAGCCUUAAUGAAUAUUUCAUUCCAGCUUACUUUGACUGGCAAUACGAUCCUUCUAUACUUUGGAAUAAAACAAGUUCAUAUCACAAACUACGUAAUAAUAAUUACAAACAAAUAGAAAAAUAUAUGUUUAGGAAUGAAGAUAUAAAUACCUUUUUCCAUGACGAUGUCAUUUUUCUUCGUAUGAACUGGGAUUUUAUAAAGGACUUCAGAACGAGACCAAAUAUUGGAAAUGUUGUUCCAUGGAUCGCAAGAUAUCACCAAGCUGAUAUAUACAAACAUUUUGUAGAUGUUUUCUUUAAACUUUCACCAAGCUCUCUUAAUGCUUUAGAUAAACAAUAUCGAGCAAACCGGAUACGAAACAAACUAGCAUGUGCCCAUGUACGUUAUGGGAAUAACCCAAAUAUGCCACGAGACAACAAACGACCAGAACUGCCAUUGGAUGUUUUGUGGAGAUAUUUUGACAAAUUAAACAAAGACGAGUAUGACCUGUUUGUUGCUUCUGACACGGAUAAUGUAAAAGCUUUGGCACGGGAACGCUAUCCUGCAAAUAUCAUAGACACUCCUGGAAAUAUAACACAUAUUGACCAACCUCAUCUAAACGAUCAACGCGAAGGGUUUGUGAAACAAUUACUCGAUUUCUAUACAUUAGUCAGUUGUGAUAUACUCAUUAUUCCGUCUAGUGGAUUUAGCAUAUUAGCUGCGUUUGUCCGUAACACAGACUCUGGACUGUAUUGUUGGCGAGGACAGGACUUUCUGCCGUGUUCUAGGUACACUAUCGGUGAUAUAUUCCCCGUGGGUAAAUAUGGAAUUAAACCAAAGACAUAUAGGAAUUAG